AUGUUGAACUGUCCUAUUGUCGAUGUCUGGGCCAACCCCACUGGUAACCCCAUACCAGAAAUCGCCCGUCUCUUCGCCUACAGCCAUGCAAAUCCCGACUACACUCGCCGCCAACUCACCCCCGACGAGCUCAUCGCCUUGAUGGACGACGCCGGCGUGGCGCAGAUCUGCCUUGCCGCGUGGCACCGCCCCGGCCAGACCAUCUUCUCCAACGCCGCCGUCGCCGAGUACACGCGCGCGUAUCCAACCCGCAUCUUCGGCCUCGCCUCGGUCGACCUCCUCGGCGACCUAGUCGCCGCCGUCAGAGAGCUCGACCACUACGUCACCACCGAGGGCUUCAAGGGCCUACGCAUCGUCCCCUGGCUGUGGAACCUGCCGCCGAACGAUAAGCACUAUUUGCCGCUGUACGUCAAGUGUAUCGAACUCGAUGUUCCAUUUUGCACGCAGAUUGGACAUACCGGCCCGCUAUGCCCGAGCGAGGUCGGUCGGCCGAUUCCGUAUGUGGACGAGGUCGCGCUCGCGUUUCCGCGGUUGAAGAUCGUGUGUGGGCAUUUGGGAUACCCGUGGACGGCCGAGGCGGUGGCGGUCGCGUGGAAGCAUGAGAAUGUCUAUCUUGAUACGAGUGCUUGGUCGCCUAAGUUCUACCCCCCGGAGUUUCUGACGUUUGCGAAUACGACGGGGAGAAAGAAGGUCAUGUUUGGGACUAACUUUCCGCAGUUGGAAUGGAAGGAGUGUGUUGAGCGCGUUGGUACGCAUCUCAUAGAGGGGGAGGGCGGGUUGAGAAAGGAGGUUGUAGCAGACUUUAUGGGCGGCAAUGCGAGAAGGGUAUUCAAGUUGCCAGAUGUUGGCGUUAGUGGGGUGAAGUCGAAAGCUCUACUAUAA